AUGGGGCAGACUACAUCGCCUCCGCGUCGCCCUCGACAUGCUGCCAUGAGAGACGACGGAGGAAGUUAUGAUUACAGAGAACGGCCUCGAUCUGGCAGAGGAGUGACAUCCUCGGAUCGACCAGGAUCUCCUCCCCACGGGGCCCGUCACAGCUCGGAUUACUCUCGCCAGCACCAUCGCCCCAGAGACUCAGCGCCAGCGCACCGGCAUCGCUCACGAGACCGCAGCCGGGAAUAUUCCCGGCGGGAGAGGCCUGCAUCCUCGCGCCCGCUUGCCGAUUCGGACGACCUGAUCCCUCGCUAUCGUGAGAGCAAGGCGCGUUCCUCUGAAGUCAAGCCCAGGACGACUCGGGGUAGCCGUAGCCGUAGCCGUGAGCGAGGCCGAGAUCGAGACCGAGAUCGUGACCGUGGGGGACUCGGCUCACCGUCCUCCUCCAAGCGACACAGAAGUCGGAGCCGCAGCCGCAGUCGGUCUCUGAGCUCAUCACGUCGGAAACGCUACAAGAAGGCACACAGUCCGCCACCGCGCGGUCGAGAUCAAGGCUCCAAGCCCGAAUCCAAGCGACGAAGACACCAUUCUCCCGAUCGUCGAGGCCCCUCACCGCGUCACCAUCGCUCUUCCCACAAAUCUCCUUCCCGAGUCGACGACGAAGCCCGCCACCAUUCGAGACGACGAUCUCAUUCCCGCUCUCCAACAAGAUCUGAGGCCGACAGGAGACAUUCCCGACGCGACUCACGCCACCGUCACAAACCCGAAGCAACUCGAAGCCCAGAUUCGCAGUCACGUGUGGCCGAGCCGGCAUUGACGGUCCGCACUGCCACUGACGACCGAUCGCGAAUCGACGGUGACUACCGACAAGCCAAUCGAGACCAGAGACCUGCGUCUCCUAUCGCCCAUCGUGAUCGAAAUCGAGGCAAAGAGUUUUCCGAACCGCUUCACACUUCGCGGUCCGACAUUGACGACGACAUGACCAAUGACCCUCGAGGAUAUUCUCAGUCUCCUCAGAACUCGGGUUCCUUUCACAACUCGCCAUCUCCAUCGUCAUAUGGUGCGGGUCGUUCCGGCUGGAAUCAUCAAUACUCUCCCCAACACGGUUAUCCUUCCAGUGGCCCUCCUCAGAAUGGAUCACAAAACCAUUACCAUGGUAACUACCGAGGGGGUCAUCGAGGGAGUGGCUUUCGUGGCGGGCCCACCGCAAAUCGAGGUGGCUAUCGUGGCACUGGCUUCAAGAGCACCUCUCGGAACCCUUCAUUCCAAGCGCCGCCGCCGCCGCCUCCCCCUCCCCCUCGAAGCAAUGGAUUCCCGUCAGAUGAAGAAGUUGAUCAGAGGUCCACCGCCGCAGAUGCGGAUGCGAGUGCUGCGGCAGACACUGAGACCCUUGAUGCUCAUGAAAAUGCCUCUUUGGAUCGCUCAGACGAUGCACCACCAGCUCCCACCAGUCAUACUACGUCCAAGGAUGGUGCUGAAGCAUCAUCACAAACUGCACCCAAGCCGGGAAGUGGUGCCGGCAAGUUCAGCUUUGCGUUUAAGCCCUCCUCAAAACCAACCCCCGCGGCUCCGAAGCCCGAGAUUUCCCAAAAGUUCAACGCCGCCCCCCCAAGAAGAGAGUCUGUACAGCAGGCCCAACCCACUAACCGUGAGCGUGAGCGUGAACGCGAACGUGAUCGGGACCGAGACCGAGAACGUGACCGUGACCGAGAACCUCCGCCAAGUGCACCCACUGAGCCGUCUUCCGCACGUUCUCGGCGAGAGUUUAGGAAUCCUCCCGAGGGACCAAAAUUGGGACCGAGAACGCGGAAGGUGAUGAAAGUGAUGAAACGACCAAAGCCGCGACCGACUCUCCCCGACGACUUGAUUGAAUCCGACUCGGUGUUUUUCAGAAAGCCUGGAAAUGAAUCUGUUGUCGGCUCAGGGACAUAUGGAAAAGUGUUCAAGGGGCUCAAUGUAUACACAAAGGGACUCGUUGCUCUAAAACGAAUUCGCAUGGAGGGUGAAAGAGAUGGCUUCCCCGUGACAGCUGUCCGAGAAAUCAAACUGCUACAAUCGCUGAGACACACCAACAUCGUCAAUCUUCAGGAAGUCAUGGUAGAGAAGAAUGACUGCUUCAUGGUUUUCGAGUACCUCUCUCAUGACUUGACGGGUCUGCUCAACCAUCCUUCCUUCUCGCUAGAUUCAGCUCAGAAGAAGCACAUGGCCAAGCAACUUUUCGAAGGGCUAGACUAUCUCCAUGAGAGAGGCGUCCUUCACCGAGACAUCAAAGCUGCAAAUAUUCUUGUUAGUAGCGAUGGAAUAUUGAAGCUGGCAGAUUUCGGACUGGCUCGGUUUUAUGCGAAACGACACCAGCUGGACUACACGAAUCGGGUCAUUACGAUUUGGUAUCGCUCACCGGAGCUCCUGCUGGGAGAAACCAAGUACACUGCUGCCGUUGAUGUUUGGAGUGCCGCCUGUGUUAUGGUCGAGAUCUUCACUAGGCUUGCCAUUUUUGCUGGCGAUGGAACAGAGCUCAGUCAGCUGGAUAAGAUAUACAAUGUUCUUGGGACGCCGACCCGCCACGAUUGGCCUGGAAUCACAGACAUGGCGUGGUUCGAGCUGCUCCGACCAACUGCUAAACGGAAGAAUGUCUUUGCGGAGAAAUACAAAGACAGAGUGUCUCCUGCUGCCUUUGACUUGCUACAAUCCAUGUUCUGCUACGACCCGGCGAAGAGGCCCACAGCAUCCACGAUCUUGCAACACCCGUACUUCACUACCGAAGAGCCACUGCCCAGACAGGCAAUAGAACUAGCAAAUAUUGGUGGUGAUUGGCACGAGUUUGAGUCGAAAGCGCUGCGGAAAGAAAACGAGCGGCGAGAUCGGGAGGCUCGGAAAGCCGCCAAGGACACUGCCCGCGAAAAGGACAAGAAACGCGUCCCGGAGUCUCAUGACCGCGAGAGGAGUGCCAAGAGGAUACACGUCGAUCAGAAGCCGGCGGAUAACCGAGGUGGCACUGCUACAGCAACGGCAACGACAGCUACGAAGGAAUGA